GCCAUGUGUGCAGGGAGAGUGCCCCCCCAAAAGCCCCAAAGGGGAAAGUUGAGUCGGUGGAUGCAGCCUGGUAGUGAGAAGCUCCCGGAGUCAUUCAGUGUCUUUUGGCGGAGCCCCGGUAGUCUUAUCUCUGUGCGGUUCAAAGGUCCGAGCGCUGCGGCUCCACUUGCACAACUUUACAUUUCCUCUCGAGUGAAGUAACCGGCGUGCUGCGGUGCUACAGUCACUCCGCUAAGGGUUUUUAUUUCUUCGGAGUUUUGUUGAGAGAAGGCCGUGCAGGAUGUCCGCCGCACGGAUGCAGCUGCUUUCACCCAGAAAUGUUCGGUUUCUUAGCCGGGGUGGAAGCGACUUUUUGGCCGGUAGCAGCAGCAGCUGUGUCGGAGCGCUGCGGGCCGGCGGUGGUCCCACUCCCAGGGUCCGCUCACUGACCUCUCCCCCUCUGUCCUCCUCCUCUCCCGGCAGAGCCUUAUCGAGUCUGAGCGCGACGCGACGCGGGCUCCCCAAAGAGAAAAUGUCCGAAAACGGAGUGGUGUCCCGGGCCAAGGUGCUGACCAUCGACACCAUGAACCCCACGGUAAAGAAGGUGGAGUACGCGGUGCGGGGGCCCAUCGUGCAGCGGGCCGUGGAGCUGGAGAGGGAGCUCGCUGAGGGAAUGAAGAAACCAUUCGCUGAGGUCAUCAAGGCCAAUAUCGGUGACGCACAUGCAAUGGGACAGCAGCCAAUUACUUUCUUCCGACAGGUCUUGGCUUUGUGCUCCUACCCUGAACUGUUGAAUGACAGCACAUUCCCAGAGGAUGCUAAAAGUAGAGCACGCCGCAUUCUGCAAUCAUGUGGAGGGAACAGUAUGGGCUCCUACACUGCCAGUCAGGGCAUCGACUCUGUGCGUCAGGAUGUGGCACGCUACAUCGAGCGAAGGGACGGCGGCGUGCCCUGCGACCCAGACGACAUUUACCUCACCACAGGGGCCAGCGACGGCAUAGUGACCAUGCUGAAGCUGCUGAUGUGCGGUGAAGGGGCGGCCUGCACAGGCGUCAUGAUCUCCAUACCUCAGUAUCCCCUGUAUUCUGCUGCCUUGGCCGAACUUGGCGCUGUGCAGAUCAACUACUACCUUAACGAGGAGAACUGCUGGAGUAUGGACAUCAGCGAGCUGCAUCGCGCCCUGGACGAAGCUCGGGAAUACUGCAACCCGAGAGCCCUGUGCAUCAUCAACCCUGGAAACCCCACCGGUCAGGUUCAGAGCAGGCAGUGCAUCGAGGAUGUAAUCCGAUUUGCAGCAAAGGAACGUCUUCUCCUUAUGGCCGACGAGGUGUACCAGGACAAUGUGUACGCUGAUGGUUGCCAGUUCCACUCUUUUAAGAAAGUUCUGUUUGAGAUGGGACCAGAGUACUCGGAUACAGUGGAACUGGUAUCCUUCCACUCCACGUCAAAGUGCUACAUGGGAGAGUGUGGCUUCCGCGGAGGCUACAUGGAGAUCAUCAACAUGGACAAAGAGGUGAAGGCCCAGCUGACGAAGCUGGUGUCGGUCCGUCUGUGUCCUCCUGUUCCCGGUCAGGCUCUAAUGGACCUGGUGGUCAACCCUCCGCAGCCCGGGGAGCCGUCAUACGCCAAAUUCAUCAAGGAGCGCACAGCCACUUUAAGUGCCUUAGCAGAGAAGGCCACACUCACAGAGCAGGUUCUCAACACUGUGCAAGGCAUCAGCUGCAAUCCUGUGCAGGGUGCGAUGUACUCCUUCCCCAGCAUAACCAUCCCUGAGAAGGCCAUUAAAGAGGCCAUGGACAUCGGUCAGCAGCCGGAUAUGUUUUAUUGCAUGAGGAUGCUGGAGGAGACCGGGAUCUGCCUCGUGCCUGGAAGCGGCUUUGGCCAGAAGGAUGGAACCUACCACUUCAGAAUGACCAUCUUGCCACCGAAAGACAAGCUGCAGAUCCUGCUGAAAAAAGUCAAGGAGUUUCACGAGAAAUUCACCGACGAGUAUUCUUAAAUCCCGGCAGAUUUUUCCUCUUUCCACAAAGGGAAGGAGGUCACCGACCACAACAAAGAACUCAGCCAAUCACAAUUUAUCUGCCACUGAUAAGUGCCUUCUCUGCGGCGGCUCUGGUAGUCUCUGUGAUGACGCACUUCGGCCUCUACAGCUCUUUCAUUUGGAUGUUGUUACACAAGGCACUGUUUUCUGACAGAAAACAAUACAAAACCAGAGAUGAAGGGAUGGAUUCACAGACUUGUGUCAAAUUAGUGCGAAAAAACGGCUUCAUCUAGUGUCGUUCCAGCUGUGAAAGAUGUAUUUACUGUAGACCUGUGUAUUUGUGAGUACGAGAGAUAGAUUGUCUAUGUCGAUGCCAAGCUUAAAACUGAAGAAGGUACAAUUGAAGAAAAUGUGAUGCUUUAAACCUUGAGUACAUGUACAACUGGAUAACAUAUUGCAUUCCUGCAGGCUGUACUUGUCAGGGACAAUAUAAAGAAAAGUCUCAUUGCAUGAUUAUUCAAAAAUGAUUUUGUAGAAUCAAAAUAAAUGUAACAGUCAA